UUCGUGAGUGUUUUAUGAAGCUCCUCUCGUUCGUCGCACUAUGGCCAUCGUAAUCAAUCAUGUGGCGUUGGAAAAACUUCUUCACGAGAUUCAGGAAAUUCGUGUGCGCGCCCUGCACGAUAUCGAGAACAAACUGAAACGGGCCCUGUGGGAGAAUGUGGAGCUGUGCUUCAACGGAGCGGCGCUGUUCAAGAACCUUAUUCGUUGGUUUGGCCAAAAUCCGAUCUGCGAGGAGGUGACGGUGCUGGAGUUGAUGUCGUUGCUCCUGACGAGCAAAUAUGGAGAUGAGAUUGUGCAGUACUUCAGUGCGGAUCGGAUCUUGAAGGAACUGAACAAAAUUCGUUGCCUCAUCGAGGACAGCGCGGAACACGACGAGCUGUUGCAGCAGCUUAUGAAGCAGGUGCGCGACAUGAAGGCAACCGAUCAGGCAACAGCUCCGAGGACAGCAGACAGUGUGAAGAGCAUCGAUCUGACCGAAGUGGCCAACAGUUUGGGUAGUUUGAAGCUGAACCACAGCGUAGAUGUGGUUUCGGAUAACACCAGGUUCCUGCGAUCCGAGAACGAUCCGACUUUCUAUGUGACGUGCUGGGAAGCGCCUGCACCGAACGUAGCCAGUGUAUUGCAAUGCUUCAACGAUUCCUUACGUACCGACGGGGACGAAGUGAAUCUACAGCAUGCCCUCAGCUUCCUCGCACCCUACAUCCAGGAUUAUCCACCUGAGUUCUUUCUACAGCCUCCAUACAUCUUCCUGUCACUGCUGCGGUUGGUGUACGCACGCAAAGUAUCGAUCCGGAAGACGCUAGCGAUGCUGUUGAAGUUGCUAGUUUCUCUUGAAAAGCGUAUGGGCGAGAAGAAGCUUAGCGCGAUGCAUAUCCCUAGCGAGAAUGAUGAUCGCGAACCACACGCGGCCGAUCGACGGAAGGUUCAGAUAUCGGUGAGCGGUUGUGUGUACGAGCUGUUUCAGCUUUGUCUCGAACUCUCCAAGGAACUGUCGAGCGAUCUGGACAUGGGUUCGUCGAAUAUGGUCUUCCUGGUGGUGUUCCAGCUGACGGCUCUGGUCGGACAGGAUGAAACUUUCCCCACGCAGCGGUACAUUGAACUGCGGCGUGAGAUGGGCUACCUGAUCAAACACUACAGGCAGGAAUGGGAAUCUAAUAUGUCCUCGGUAACGGCCCGCAUUCGCUACCUGAUCAGUCUACAGAAUCUGCUCAAUUUCGUAUACGCCGAGAAGGACCUCCACUUGGAAGAGGGUCCACCAGUAUCGGCCCUCGUCCAUGGAGAAAGGCACCCGGCGAACCAGUACAAUCCGGCUGACUACGCGAUAACGCUCAACUCGACCGGCCAUCGCCAGGCGUUGGAUGAACUGGAUGGUGUGUGGAUGAACGAGCUGCAUCUGGCACAGCUCGAUUAUUCGCUCCAGUUCGCUUGCGAGGAAAUGUACACCCGCCUAUGGGUGCCAGCCUUCGUCGAGCGGAAUCCGAUCGUCUGCACACUCGCUACUAUACGAGAAGAGCUCGAACCAGCCGUGCAGUUGCUUCGCGAUGGUAUUACCAACUUCGAAGGAGACGAAGCGGAGCUGUUGGGCCUCGCACACGAAGCAAUCGGCACGCUGCAUCUGCACCGAUCCAUUGAGCUUGUACGAACGAUCAUGAAAACGGUUGGCAGCUGCGCCCGAUCGAUGACCGAGGAUGAACCAGUGCGAGACCUGAUGGAAUCCAUAACACUCCGUCUGUUGGCACAUGGCGAUGAAGAGAUACGAUGUGAGGCUUACGAGUUGUGCACGGGAAUGAUGAAGGAUUUCAUUGGACAGCUGGACGAAGGUGCGAUUCUCACACGUCGUAGCCUGUUUUCGAAGACCGCUCCUAAACUACGAUCGCUUGGCAUUCCUCUUUCGCUAGAGAUCCUUACAGAAAUCACCUGCUUUGGCUAUCCUAGUGCUAAUGUUCGGAUUCAUCGAUGCGCCGAAACGAUGCUGCUGUUCCUGUGCAAUUCGCGUGCAUUUUUGCAUGAAAAAUGGGCGGAUGUGCAGGAGAUUCUUUUACCGAUGGCACCAUUACUGCAGCUCGCUACGAUCGGAGCGCACGAGACGACACUACGCAAAGCGGUGAUGGGGCUAUUUCAUCCAGACUGUGAACUACCGCUGCUCGACGUCUUGCAGGGGAAUUUACGAAUGUUGUACCACGAGGACGGUAGCGUACGCGAGGAAGCAUUGACGCGGGUAUUGUUUCUGCUCAGUUCGACCGGUAGGGCAGGUCGAUUCGUGCCUCGGAUCGAGAACGUUAGCGAUACCAUACCGAAUGGGUUGUGCCUGCUGAAGCUUCGCUACGAUCCGGCCAAGCAUUUGUCGACAGAUGUGUAUGAAGUGAGCGCUGUUCGGCCCCUGCUCGAUACGCUUGAACAGGAGGACGGGGAUCCAGGUCUGCGCCGCAGUGCUCUGGUACAGCUGAACGUGAUGGCCGAGGAUCCGCUGUUAUGUGAGCUGAUUCACAACGCAUCCGGCUGGCCGUUGGUACUGAAGGCGCUCUAUAAUGCACUGCAGGAGAACCACUUGCUGGAUUAUCCGGAUACGGCCAUUCCGGCCGUGGGCAUACUGACCAAGCUUUGCUUCACUGUCACUAGCUUCCGACGCUUUCUCGGUACAAACGAAACGGCGUACGAACUGGUCGUACGAUCGUUGCUUGCUUUCCACCACAUGCCAGUGUUUCGGGUGGAAUGCUGCGCGCUGCUCUAUCUGAUGCUAUUUGCCGACUGUUCGCUGGGAGGAGGACGUACCAUCUCACUGCCACGCCUGUGUGAAACCAGCUCCUUUCGCAUCCCCUUCGUAUGUGAGUUUCACUGGCGCAACAGUCCCUUCCGCCGGAUAAGCCCGCUUGAGGAACUAGUUCUUGGAGGGCAGACGGUGCAACAUGAGCCUCGAUCGAGUGCACCGGCAGGUGAGAGCAUCUUGCAGUUAAGACAUAACACGCUAUCUUUGUCGACUGUCGAACCGACGCACCGAGAAUCGAUCCUGCGCUUGAUACGAUUCACCUUUGCCGAUCUGUGGUUUGAUGGUUCGAUCGCUAAGCUUUUGCAUCAAGCGUCGUCUGAUCGGCGAUCGUCUUCGAAAGGCAUCCAAGAACAAGACGAUAGCCUUGCCUCGAUCGCAUAUGGCAGUGAAAAGUCUGCAACGGACGGCAGCAGUAUACAGUCGCUUCGUUUCGCUAGCUCGCUCCGUUUAACCAAGCAAGACCUACAAGUGGUGAAGAUCAGUAAUUUUGCUACUCGAUUCCGCUGGAGUUUGCGUAGCUUAUCGGGAGCCAAAUCACACUCGGAGGUGUUCGGUGCGCUGGCAGUGUUCGAAAGUAAUCUAAUGCUCCCGAUAUCAACUGAUCGCUGUCCAACGGAACUGCUGAUCAAAGCAUUGAAACGUUUCCUACUUACACCACCAUGUACACAAACCGAUCAGCUGCUGCUGAUCGAGGUAAUCAGCAUGGUGGGCGAUCUCAUACAGCUGCGCAAUCGGCAGAUCCUCGAUUGGGUGCUCGAGCUGCUUGCCAACGAUGGAAACGUGUUUUUCCACGUCCUUCGCUCAGAGAGCACCAUCGACGAGCUGUUCGGUAACGUGACGGAUCUGCUGCGCCUCGUGUUACUGAUGGUCGAGUGGCGUGGUGAGGAGGAGAAGCUGACCAAGGCUGUCGCGCCCGGUAUUAACUGGAUAAUUGUGCUGUUUGGUAUCGUAACCCAACAGCUGGACACGGGGCUGCACAAGUGUGAGCUAUCGAGAAUUAUUCCACUGAUGAAACUGUUGCGCGUGUUGGUCGAACGGUCCGACCCAGAGAGUUUCUCGGGAUCAGAGUUAAUCGUUAAGCUGCUUCUAUACAUCAGACAUAUUCGCUCGACCAGCUACACUGGAUCGACUAUCGUGCGAUUGUGCCUGAUCGCGAUAGCGAAUCUGCUCGAACAGCAGCGUCUCGUUGCUGAGGCAGUGAAGAUCACGUGGAAAGCAUCGCAGCUCAAAACGCUCUCUACGCAAUGCGGUCAUAGCAGUGCGUUGGUACGGUCUUGUGCUUGGAAUGUGCUAGCGAAGAUCAGUUGCACGCUCGAAGGAGCUAGCGCGAUCGUGAAAGAUUGUGCUUACCUUCCGGGGGGAAUACACGCGAGCUGCUUGAGCACGUUGCUUGAUGGCCGUGAAGCGGCAUUGGUAAAGGAAGCUGCAGCUGGACUGUUAGUUUGCCUGUUUUCGCAUCGCGUUGGCAAAGAUGGACCAUUGUAUCUGGCCGUGCAACCGGUUGACCUGCGAGCCAAAACCGAACUAGAGCCGCAGGAUCCACUGCAGACUGUGCUAAAGUUACUGGCCAAGCAACGCUUCUUCGAGGAUUCCGUGCGCUCGUUGGAUCACUUUACUGCGCGCGACACAAUGGACACUUUCGGCGAGUGUGAUACCAUUACGCUCAUUACGCCCGAGGUAGUAAAGGGUUACGCUAUGAUCUAUCGGUCGCUGGUAGAGCUGAACGCUUCCGGUUUUGUGACGAUACUGCGGGAGAAAGGCUGCCUGCAGGGGCUGAUGGAUUGCGUUUCAAAGGUUCCUCUGAAACCGACACGUGCUGCAUUGCUGAUGGUGGCUGAAGUGUGUGCCCUGCUGGUGCAAUGCAUGGAGGAAACACACGAGCGAUCCGCCAUUGAAGAGUUGGUGAAGCUGAAUCAGGCGUUUGUUGGAGGGAUUACUUAUCUCCUGGAUCCUGCUGUGUAUGAGGCGCUCGAUGAGGGGACGGAAUACGUGAUGCAGCGUACGGCUAGUGGCAUUAUGCGUAUUCUGUGCACCCUUGCUGGUUCCCAACUCAUCAACUGUGUGCUCGCUCAGCUGGAUGUGAAACCUAUCGUACGGCUGAUCGAAACCGGCAUCAGAAGCAAACAGUCAGCAUACCAGCUGAUUUGUCUUAAAUUCGUUCUACAAAUGGUGAUCUCGUCCGACAUGGGUACAUCAUCGACGUCCGAAUUUCCGUCAUUCUUGGCGCAUCUGGAAUCCAUUGACGUGCUGGAGCAGAACAACAUCCCAGGGAACACAUCCGCGUGGAACUACCGAGACAAGCUACCGAGUGAAGACUCCGACGAAGACGAUAUGGAAAACUUGAAUCCUAAUCGGCGUCCAACGUCAACGAAAGAUGUCGUCAAAGGGCUGACCGAAACACAGACUGGUACCAAUGUCGGCAUAACGGCGGCCAAUAGUGGCACGGGUCGCAUAUUUGCGGCUCUACUUCAUCAGUUCCUUUUCGUCAAUUCGCGCGACAUGCCGGGUAUGAACGUUAUCCUGGCGAGUACGGUGGAAAAGCGGACACUCUAUUCAACCAUUCAAACAUUGCUACGCCUCUCGGUACACUGUCGGCGUGUGGCUUGGGACCAACGACUACUAACGACCGUCAUUGAUCGCUUCAAUACAGUCCACGAGGGACUGCUUGGGCGCCUCAGCUAUCCUGAGUUCGUUCGGCGUAAUGGCGAAUCUAAGAAGCUUCCCGUAAUAGAGGAACUAUCCGGGCUGAUUAGUCUUCUAUCGGCCUGGUUUAGCAAUGCGGAAGAUGUGUUGCUACUUGAACGAGAUCAGAUCGGUCAGCUAUGUCGCAUCGUGUUGCAGUACUGGCCCUGGCUCAGCCACAACCACGAGCUGGAGGUGGACUUUAUGUGCGCCUUAGCUUUCCUCACUGAGAGUUCAAUCGUAGUUUGCAAAUCACUGGUGGGCUCAUUCAGUGGGUAUCCCCACAGCAUCCUUAAGUUGCUCAUCGCCACGGUGACCAGUGAAACGGGACGCGUCAAGGGACCGAAGUGCGAUCUUCGAUUGCUAGGCGUCGUCCUGCGCGUGCUGGGUAACUGCUGCAGCUGUCAGGAGGGUCGUAGCACGAUCGGAAAGCUUAACGUGAUCGACAACAUCAGCAAGCUGCAUCCGAGCGUGACGAAGCUCCAGAAACCGUGGGUCGAAGUGACCCGCCUGUGGCUCGAAUUCUGGGAGAUCUACACGCGCUACAGUGACGUGAGCGAAGUGCGGCAUCUGACGGUUCUGGGAGCUCUAUUCCGUAAAUCGAACGCCGAAUUGCGCCUGCUAUCGCUCUCCAUCCUACGCAAUCUGUCGUUCGUACCGGCGAACCGCAUUGCGCUGCUAUCUUCGUCCGAUUGCAUGUUCAUGCUGCAAACCUCCCUUCAGCAAACGAAUCAGGAUAAGCAGUUGAUCGCCGCAGUAACGAUUUGGAAAUUGAUCGCCAAUAAUCAUAAAGGGCGGGCGGCGGUGAAGAGCAGUCCACUGGUACGCAUGACCGUAGCGCUCUCGAAGCAUUACGCACUGCAGGCUGCGAACAGCGCGGUGGACAAGGAGCUAUGGAAUGUGCUGUCUACGGUGCGGCAUAUUUUGGAGGCUUAGCAUUUUAUGGUUGAUGAAGGUAAAGU